AUGAGGGCAAGCAUAAGGCCUAACCCUAUAGAUUUGAGCCCUGUUCGUCAGAUGAUGGGGAAAAUUGCAGCAGAGGGGAGGACUGAGGUCACAAGCAAGACAAGUGAAGGCAGUGAAAGCGAGCAGUCCUGUUUGCAGAACACUGAAUGGUGUAAAUGUGGAAAUUGCAUCAUCAUGCCAUCUGCAGCAGAAUGUGUUUGCUGCCAUGAAAUAACUGUGAUCUACGCCAGGUGUGAGGAGAUGGAUGUUCGAGUCGCGUUCAUCACAGACCAUAGAGGAUUUGAACCGGUGUGCCUCAACCCCUAUGUGUUUGAUGUGGCAUAUUACCAGUACAGGCAACAGUGCAAGAUGGGCGACAACAAUGAAACAGUAGAUCAGUGA